UUGCUAGUGAAGGUGAGCUGAUGAAAGAGAAGGAUACUGGCGCCACGGGACGACCCCACAACACUUGAUUUUAUGAGUGCCUGCGAGACGUAAGCGAAUCGAUUUUCCUUGACAAAAGAGCAAUUUCUGACGUGUCUUUGGGGGCAGAUACAAGCGCACAGGUCUCGUCGCUUACCCCUCUUCCUCUCCAUCUGAGCCCAACUCAGUGCACGAAGCAACUUGUUAUGGUGUCGCCUGCGUGUUCACUCCACCCUCGAAGCGCGGGCGCGGUUACGCAAACCAUAUGAUGAGCCUCCUGCAUUGGGUCAAUGCCUCGCGUGCCAAUCUUCCUGAAUUCCCCGAGGCAUGGGGUACACCGCCAGAAGAGGUAGCAGAUGCUGGUGGAGGUCUAUUCUCGGUGCUGUACAGUGAUGUUGGGGAGGAGUUCUACCGGUCGGCUGGCCCUGGAGGUAAAGGGGGCGGAUGGGAGAAGCGAGGAGCGAUCUCAACUAUUUGGGAGGUGGGCACAGAGGAAGGUGAUGAUGAGGGAUGGAAUUGGUUGACAGAAGAGCAAUUGAACGGGCUUUGGGAGCGUGAUGCCGUUCGGAUCAGGAAGGAGCUGGCGAACAUGCCAACGAGCGACAGCUCAUAUAAGGUAGAGCGCCCAGCGGCAUUCGCGACAUACCUGUCAACGGAUGGUGUCUGCGAGUUCCACAUCACAAAGUCAACGUUCGCCUCCAAUUUUUCCAUGGCAGACGGAUUCUGGGGCGUAGAGUCCACGAGCGACCCAGGGACAUAUGCAAGCUGGAGCGUUGACUUGAAACCGCCUCCAGCAACGUUGAUCGUCACGCGACUCUGCGCUAGUGAAGAGAUGUUCCCUGGGCUGAUUGCGAAGAUCAAACAGGCGGCUAGACGAAGCGGAAUUGGAAAAGUAGAAGUGUGGAAUUUGAGAGUAGGAUUGAAAGAGGUCGCGGAGAAGACGGGUGGGCGGACGUUCAUACGAAAUGAACAUUUGCCGCAGAUAGUGUGGUAUGGGCCUGGAACAACGGGAGAUGUAGAGUGGGCGUGUAAUGAGAAGUGAGUCCUCUUGCCGUCCAAAAUAAGGGAUUAGCUGACGGUGUUCAACAGAUUCUGCUGGUGCUGAUACGUUUGCGGGACAGCCAGCUGAGUGAUGUCUAGUGAACAUUAGAAUCGUGUAUUCUUUUUACAGAGUUUACACAAAAUCACAUUGCGAAUGACUCCAUGAGUGACUAUUCAGC